AACAAAAAUCUAUUUUGAUGUCUUAUCCAAAUCCAACCAAUGAGCAUGCAGAUAUAAAUUGCAAUACUACAACUCUAUCUUCUAUUUGUGUCUACCAAGUCUUUGUUCCUUGCUUUUACGCAUUCUUGGAUUAGCUAUGACACAUUCACUCUCUCCUCUCCUACCGGCUGCUCACGCCGGUAGCCCCUCCUCUCCAUCACCGAGGUCACAACCGCAGACUCCUCCCAUCAUCCUUCAAGUUCCACCAAUUAAUCGCAGGGAUAUUGUGGUGGGAUUAGGCAGUGCGCUAUGGAGUUGGGACGCCCUGAACGGUAAGGACGAGGCAAUGGCGGCAGCAAGACGGCCGCCUCCACCACCAGCAGUUGAGAAGAAAGAUCCGAAUGUGAGUGGAGUUCAGGCUAAGGUAUUAGCGAGUAAGAAGCGUAAAGAGGCAAUGAAGGCCUCCAUGGCUAAACUUAGAGAGAGAGGCAAAUCUGUUGUUGAUGAAGAAAAACCAUCUUCAUCUUCUCCUUCUGCUACUGUUGUUGUUAAAGAUGAGCCAACUCCUCCUUCUGCUGCUCCCGUUGUUGUUGAAGCUGAACAAACUCCUUCUUCUGCUUCUGAUCAAUAGUAUCCAAGCAAAAUGGUCUAAACCUUUCUAUUUAUCUUCUCUACCAAAUUUUAUCCUAUCAUGUUAAUUCACGCUACUGUACUUUAAUUUAUUAUUUUGGUGACUA